UUCUAUAUUAUCGUAGUCUCUGGAUUUCAUAAUUGUAUGUGCCGCCGGUUUGAAGAGUCAAAACAAACCUGUGUGAUUACGCACAGCAGUGGUUACGUUUGAUACGGAAAUUAUUAAAUAGCAGCAAUAUGAGUCGAAGAAAAAGAGCGAAGGUAGAGUACAGAGAAAUGGAAGAGAAAUAUAAUCAAUUAGAGGAUGAAAAUGCUUCAGAUACAUCGGAAAAAUCUAAACCUGGUCUUGUAACGCCAGAAAAAAAAGUUGUUCCUGAAGUAAAAAAAGAAUCUGAUACAAGUAUAUCACAAUCUGUUCCCACAUCUUCAGCACCAAGAAUUGAAGUAAAAGAAGAAGACGAUCAAGAUAGCGAUCAUGAAGAUCCUCAUGUAAAAGAAUUACUUAAUGGUUUGGAAGGAGCAGCAUUUCAAAGUCGUCUUCCAUUCGAUAAAUUAACUUCUACAGAAGCUGCUUGUUUCCCAGAUGUUUCUGGCGGUCCACCACAGACUCAGAAAGUUUUUCUUCACAUUCGAAACAGACUUUUGCAAUUAUGGCUUGAAAAUCCAAAACAACAAUUGAUAAUUGAGAAUGCUUUGCCAGCAAUAGAACCACCUUAUAAUAGCGAUACUGUAUUGGCACGUCGAAUUCACGCAUUUUUAGAAAGACAUGGUUUUAUUAAUUUCGGAGUAUUUAAACGACUUAAACCAUUACCUACGAAGAAGUUAGGUAAAGUGAUCGUAAUUGGAGCAGGUAUUGCUGGUUUAGCUGCAGCCCAACAAAUGCAACAAUUUGGUUUAGAAGUAAUUGUACUCGAAGCACGGGAUCGCGUUGGUGGACGAAUUGCAACAUUUCGUAAAUCUUCAUAUAUAGCCGAUCUCGGGGCUAUGGUAGUCACGGGUUUAGGUGGGAAUCCCGUAACAACACUUAGUAAACAGAUUAAUAUGGAACUUCACAAAAUUCGACAAAAGUGUCCUUUAUACGAAAGCGAUGGGCAAACGGUCCCAAAAGAUAAAGAUGAAAUGGUAGAGAGAGAGUUUAACCGGUUAUUGGAAGCAACUUCAUAUCUUUCACAUCAAUUAGAUUUUAAUUACGUGGGUAGUGCUGGAUCUGGACAAGGUGGUAAUACACGACCGGUUUCAUUGGGUCAGGCAUUGGAAUGGGUGAUACGUCUACAAGAGCAAGGUGUCAAACAGCGUCAAGUAGCACAUCUGCGUUCCGUACUAUCGCUCCAAGGUCGACUCAUUACCAAUCAACAUAGGAUGAUAGCAAUCAUGGAUCGUUUGGUCGAGUUAAAUAAGCAAUAUAAAGAAAUGACCGAAAGUAAAUUACAAACACGUGAUAUAACGCAAGAAUUCGUAUUGCGUUCAAAAUUACGCGAUCUUCAUAAUGCAUGCAAGGAAUGGGAUCAACUUUCCGAACAACAGAAAGAAAUCGAGGCAAAGUUACAAGAAUUGGAAGCCUCCCCUCCUAGUGACGUAUAUCUUUCUUCGAAGGACCGUCAAAUAUUGGAUUGGCACUUUGCAAAUUUGGAGUUCGCCAACGCGACGUCGCUAUCGAACCUAAGCCUGAAACAUUGGGACCAAGACGACGACUUCGAAUUUACCGGCAGUCAUCUAACAGUUCGCAACGGCUACUCGUGCGUACCUGUUGCUCUGUCCGAGGGCCUGGACAUCCGGCUGAACACGGCGGCAAGGGCGGUCCGCUACGGGGUGAACGGGGUGGAGGUGUGGGCCGCACCCUCGCGCAGCCCCCACACAAAUCACACGGUGUACAAGGCGGACGCGGUGCUGGUCACCCUUCCCCUCGGAGUGCUCAAGGCGUCCGCGCCGCCGUCCGCGGUCGCCUUCAAUCCUCCGCUUCCGGACUGGAAGUCUCAGGCUAUUCAGAGGCUCGGUUUCGGCAAUUUAAAUAAGGUGGUGCUGUGCUUCGAACGGAUCUUCUGGGAUCCGACCGCCAAUUUGUUUGGCCACGUGGGGAGCACAACCGCGUCGCGUGGUGAGCUCUUCCUCUUCUGGAACCUUUACAAGGCGCCGGUGUUAUUGGCCCUGGUCGCUGGAGAGGCUGCCUGCGUCAUGGAGAAUGUCAGCGACGACGUGAUCGUUGGACGUUGCAUAGCCGUCUUGAAGGGUAUUUUUGGAAACCAAGUGGUUCCACAGCCGCGCGAGAGUGUAGUGACGAGAUGGCGAGCGGAUCCAUGGGCGAGAGGCUCGUACAGUUUCGUCGCGGUCGGCAGUUCCGGUAGCGAUUACGAUCUUUUGGCCGCCCCAGUCGCGCCCCCUGCCACCCCUGGCGCACCGCCGCCGCAACCCAGGGUUUUCUUCGCAGGAGAGCACACCAUACGAAAUUACCCGGCUACCGUGCACGGCGCAUUUCUCAGCGGACUACGCGAGGGUGGACGGAUCGCGGAUCAACUCUGCGGAAGCCCUUACGCGCCACCGACGAUGCCCGCUUCCGGCCCAGCGCCCACGGCCAUUCCAACCGCGACCACCGGAUCCACGACCACGCCUUAGCGUCCUGCCGCGGAAUCCUUGGCCUUCGAUCGAUAAAAAAUGAAACAAGAAAAAGAAAAAAAAAAAAAA